GUUCACUCGUUGAUCAUGUACGCAUCGAUUGCAUUGACGACUUUGAUCAUCGCCCAAGCUGCAUCCAAGUUGGCGCCGGCUGAUCCCUUUGCCCACUAUGGAACCUCACUGUAUCGCACCAUCGAUCCCAGCAUAGAUGAGUUAAUAAGAAACUUAAACCGCUCAAGUGGCAUUCAACCCUGGGAGCUGGGAAAUUUGGUGGAAAGCGACAUGCGACUGCCGCUGCCCAAGCUACGAAACGGUCUGAAGGGAAACAUGUCGAAUUUUUUCCGUUGGCCGAAUGCUACCCUAAUCUACAAAUUUGACGGCCAUUUUAAUAAAAGUGAGCGCUCUUUCAUCCUCGGAGCGAUGAAGGAAUUCGAAAAGUACACUUGCGUGCGAUUUAAGGAGCGUACCAAUGAGAAAUCGUACGCCUCCAUCGACAACAGCGCUUACGGUUGUUGGGCCGACGUUGGUCGGGGAGUCGGCAAAACGUUGGUAAACCUUCAGCAGGGCUGUGCGGAUGCCCUUACAACUCCAAUACACGAGCUGAUGCAUGCACUUGGUUUCUUUCACGAGCACAACCGGCUGGAUCGGGACGAGUUCAUUGAAGUGAUCUACGAUAACAUGAUUCCCGAUCCCUCCAUCUACUAUAACUUCCAGCUGCCUGAGGACGAUGAGGUAACCAACUUUAGCAUCCCGUACGACAUCGGAAGCAUCAUGCACUACUCGCAGUACGCAUUCUCGGUCAAACCGAGCAAACUGGAGACGAUGAAAGCGAAGGUUCCCUGGGAAGGUCUCUUUGGUCAGGGAGACACUCUAACGAAGUACGAUGCACUACUGAUAAACAUAAUGUACUGCGGAGCUCCUAAACCAACGGAGGCACUACCUGUCCCACAACGGUGGAUUCCGGCGGAACCUUUGCUACGUGCGGAAACGACGACCGCAAAACCGAUUCGUUCAACUACCACGCGGGUGCUGAACAGAAAAACAACCCCCGCCAAGAUGACGGGCAGUGAGAUGGAGAAAAUGAAGAAAGUCUUAAUCAAUAAACUGCUGGCGAAGAAUCGUCAAUGAAACAUUUGCAAAUAGUAAUA